CGUCCUACUGAAAAGGGGGCAUUAUUAUUUAUCACGAUUGCGUUGUAGUUUAACAUAUGUAACUAAACUGUUGCCUAAUAUACUUGUGAACUUAUUGUUACUCCUCCCCAAAGAAAGUUCUGAAACUCUCGCAGCUAUAUGGCGAUGGACCUUUGAAAUGCCGCCCCAGGUUCAGUGUAGAGGGGUAACAAUCUUUCUAUAUAGCUAGACACGGGUCAAAACCUUAACAGCAGUACUUAGUACAGUCUUUGUGCAUUUUUCAGGUAUGUUAGUGGAACAGCAAGGCCAAGGAAGAAGUUUCACUUCCUGCCAUUGGUACCGCGCCUCAGACGGCUGUAUGAGAUGUCAGCCUUUUCACACCUUUUAUCCAGACACAUGGAUAAAGGUGCAGCCAACGAUAUCGUUAGGGAUAUCCACGAUUCACCCGGCUGGAACCGUCAGUUCCAAGAAGGAGGCCUCUUUGAAGGAGACCCUCGACAUCUGCUGCUGCAGUUCUGCCAGGACGGCAUGAAUCCAUUUGACAUGAGAAAGAACACCUACUCCAUGACACCACAGCUCGUAAAAAUCAUGAACCUUCCCUUGACGGCACGAGAGAAGCUGGGGUUCCUGCUCCUUGUUGGUAUGAUUCACGGCCCUAGGGAACCUAAGAACGUCAACCCUUACGUGGAGCCCAUAGUGGACGAGCUGUUGCUGUUGCUGGAGGGUGUCUGGGCUUUUGACGGCCUCAAGAAGGAGGCCUUCAAGCUAAGGGCCAAGGUUCUGCUGUGGGUGCUGGAUUUUGUCGGACUGUGCAAAUGCGGGAAGACAAAGGGACCUGGGGCCAUCAGCGCGUGCAGCAAGUGCUGGAUUCAAGGUCGAUACAGCCAUACGCUGUCCAAGACGGUGUACACGGGAGCGAGGCGGAACCUAGACUCUGACGACCCUAUGAGGAAGGACGUCCACAACUUCCCGGACAAGACAGUGGAAGACAGGGGACCGCCUCGCUCCCGCACUGCCGAAGAAAUGGACGUCAUUGCCGACGUCUGCGACCCUGAGACGACAGCUUUGCCGAAGACGCUGCUUGGCAACGUUCAGAAGGCAACAGGCAAAACAGGGAAGGAGGAGUGGCGUCGUCUCCCCACAUACAGCCACGAGAGCUACGUUGUGGACAUGAUGCAUACCAGCACGGACGUAAUCCAGAAAGUCCAAGGCGUCACGUGUGGCAGCGACGAUACGGCGGCCGUCAGGAAAGAGGAGAAGAGACUCGGUCGAUUUCCUGAGUGCUGGGAAGAGACUGAGGAUGACCAAUGGGAAGACAUUGAAGAAACUAAUGAACGGCCUGUUCUGUCGUCAAAGAAAAAAAGGAAGGGAAACGCCCAGAGGAACACGGGGGGUACAAUGAAGCCAGGACCAUGGACACUGACAAAAGAAGACAAGAAGAAAGCAGACGACCGCAGUUCUGCUGUCAAAGUCCCGGUCAACUUUGGCUGGCGCCCACGUCCUUUCUUUGAGAGGAUUUAUAACAUGAAAUCCCAUGAUUGGAAGCAGCUGGUUUCUCAUGGGAUAUACAAGUUCUGCAUCCGUGGCCUGAUGAAGGACGCACAGCGGGAAACAGUCUACCUGCUGUGUGACGUGCUGCACGCCCUGUGUGCCCCCUAUGUGAACAUGACCCGGCUUCCGGAGCUGAAAAAGGCCAUCCAUCAAUGCCUUGCUCGGUUGGAACGUGACUUCCCUGUUACCAUUAUGACCGCCAUUGUCCACUGGAUGUCACACAUCACACCGUACAUUUCUGAGUACGGUCCUACAAAGACCUACUGGAUGUACCUGUACGAACGUAUGAACAGUUUCCUGUCAAAGAGGGUAAAGAACAGGCAGCACCCAGAGUCUACAGCAGUGGAGUCUUACAGGGUCUACGACUUUGUCCUAUACAUGUCGUUGGCUGGUUUUCUCCCGGAAGGAGCCGUUCCAACCACUACCGCGGAACAUAUGGCGCUGCUUGAGGCGGAGGAAGACGGCGAGCCAGAACCGACGCCACAAACAUGUACGGAGGUAUCUGGGGCCGCACAGAAGAUCACACUCACCAGAGAACAAACAACACAGCUCGACGACUACCACAUCAAACACACACCAAAGUACCAGUCUCUCCGGAAACAGCUAAGGGCCAAGUACCUUAAAAGCCCAUCAACAACACCAUUUAGCAAGUGGUCAUCACCUCGACUGGACAGCGAAGAGUGUGCAGCACUGGCAGGACCCUCUCCAGAAGGUACGAAGUACCUCCGUGCAAAGAGAGAGUUCGGCGUAGAGUAUCGCUGCAAGGAGGCAGAGACAAUGUCGGGAACCGUGGUGUCCUCUUACGUGGGUGUAGACGGCCAGCAGAUGGGAUCCCAGGUUGAUGUUGGCAGGGUGAAUUUCUUCUUCAAGCAUUCAUUCUUGGGAGAGGAAUUUUUCCUUGCCAACGUCACCUGGCUCCCGACUGCUACCCGAGACCCGGAAUCGGGACUGCUGCGGUCGGACCUGGAUACAGUUAGACACCAAGCGACUGAAACAUCCUUCUGCAAGUUGUCCAGUCUCUCCCACCCCUUGGUGACGGCUCGGGACCCUGAUGACCCCAAUGCAUUAUGGAUCCUAAACUUUGACAAUCCAUACACGUGUUCGCCAAAGAAUUAA